CCACCUGUUUUGUUAUACAAGACACUUAUUCAAUUUCUUGGUAAAUAUGCGAUCCAACUGGUUUUCCGGUGCCUCGCGGCUCUUGAAAUACAGCCGGAAUGGAAAACUUCUGACUCGCGAAAGGAGCACCAAGGCCACCUCGACCAGCCUGGACUCGCAGCACCAGGAUGCGGCUACCAGCGAGGGCGGAAAAUCGGAAUCCGUGGAGGAGUCACCGGAGCAGCAACAAAAACUGCCCACCAGAGAGCCGCUGGCCAAGAAUUUCUUCAUCGGAGUGGUGGACAAGGAGCUGCUGGCCUAUCCAGAGGUUAUAGCCCGCGAUGAGAUGGCCCAGCUGCAGAAUGCCCUGCUGCCGCUGAAGAACUACUUCGAGGAGCCGCGUGAGGUGGAGGAUAAGUCAUCCACCGAGACGCUCCGCCAACUGGGUCUCUAUGGUCUGAAUGUGCCCACGGAUUACGAGGGCAGGGGUUACGGCUGGAGUGCCAGCCUCCUGGCCAGCGAACCUGAUGCCACCGAUAUUAAUGUAACCCUGGGCUUGCAAACCCACCGCGUGGUUGUGGAUCUCCUCAAGGAAGUGGGCACUCCCCUGCAGCAGCAGCGAUAUCUGCAGGAUUUGGCCACUGGCAAACUGAUAGCCACCGAGGCCAUCUAUGAGUACUCGCCGCCCGAGGAGGAUUUCUUUAGCACCCAGGCGGAGUUGCUCCCAGAAACUGGCAAGUGGCUACUGAAUGGAGAGAAAGCCUAUGUGGUCUGCACUCCCGGCGAGCGACAACUCUUCCUGGUCCUCGCCCAAACCCAGCAGCCCAAUGUCCCCGGCGCUCUGGGCCGUGGCACCACCAUCUUCCUGGUGGACUCCCAGCAGGAGGGAGUGCGUCUGGGUGAGAAGCAUGCCACUUUCGGUUGCCGCCAGGCGGAGAUCAGACGUGUGCACUUCGACAAGGUGAAGCUAGCAGAGGAUCAGGUGGUGGGCCUGCCGCACGAUGGCAAUCGGUACUCGGAGCAGCUGGUGCGCUCCUCCCGCCUGAGGAGCAGCUUGGUGGGCGUGUCGCUGGCCAAGAAACUGCUCAACGAACUGGCCCAGUACUCGGUGAGCACAACUCAAUGUGGCGUCCAACUGAAGGACCUGGAGCUAACCCGCGUCCACUUGUCGCGGGCCCUGUGCUCCGUUUAUGCGAUGGAGAGCAUGCUCUACAUGACCGCCGGCCUGCUGGACGAGUUCCGUGUCCAGGAUGUGACGCUGGAGAGUGCCAUUACCAAGUACUUUACCCUGCGUCAGCUGUACGAGAUUGCCUCUCAGAAUCUGGGACUUGUGGGACCCAAGAGUCUGCUCAGCGGCGAGAGUACAGAGCUGGGACUACGAGAUGCAGCUCAGCUGUGCACGCAGGGCGAGUCCCUGGACACACUGGGCAUGUUCAUCGCCCUCACCGGAUUGCAGCAUGCGGGGCAAUCGAUGAAUGCGGGCGUGCGGAAGUCUCGCAAUCCCCUCUUCAAUCCUGGCCACAUUUUCGGCAAGUUCCUGGACACCAACAGCAUCGACAGUCCCAAGACCAAGAUGCAGCUUUCGGAGCAUGUGCAUCCGUCGCUGGAGGCCGCUUCCCAGUGCAUUGAGCACUCGGUGGCCCGUCUACAGAUGGCUGUGGAGCUGAUGUUCACCCGGCAUGGAAAUGCUGUGGUGGAACGACAGAGCGAAAUGCAACGCCUGGCCGAGGUGGGCACCAUCAUCUAUGCCAUGUGGGCCAGUGUGGCGAGAGCCUCCCGAUCCUACUGCAUUGGCCUGCAGCUGGCGGAUCAUGAACUGCUCACGGCCACGGCCAUCUGCUCGGAGGGCAAGGACCGCGUCCACACCCUCUGCACCCAGAUCUACGGCGGCAACUUCGUCAACAACGACAACAACCUGCUGCGACUCUCCAAGCAACUGACCAAGAGCAAGGGCUACUUCCCCGUCCACCCGCUCACGUUCAACUUCUAAGCCAAGCUGGUAGUUUAGUUUAUUAUUGCCCUUACCAUUAAAGUGAAUAUUUGUUACUGAUAA